UUUACAUGUGUGAGUGCCUUUUGAUGAGGAAUUGAUGGGAGUAUUCUGGCAUUGCUUUUAUACUGACAUCCCCUCUAGCCAGAUGUAUUAAGUAUACAGAUAAAGGACAUCAAACUCCUUUAGAAGGAAGGCUUUAAGAAGUUCUCCAAGUUAUCUCUAAAUAGUAUGCUCAUCCCUAUAGUUUCCCAAAGCCUUGGCUUUCUAGGUUGUUUUUAAAACAAUGGUUUUGAAAGUUUUUUCCCAUUUUAUCUUUAAAGUGAAGCUUCCCACCAUCACUGAAGGAGCACUUCAUCUUUCAAUGAGAUGAAAAAGAGUAUCAGUGGGAGUGACUGAUCAUGGUCUUGUUUCAUGCAGUGGCAACUUUCAAGCGGAAGGUUAAAGCAGCUCAUGAAAGAUUGUACUGGCCCUUAAAAAUUUUGCUAUGAGUAAUCAUCUGGGAACAUAGCUUAUUUAUGUGACCUCUUUGAUAUGCCACAGAUCAGGAAAUCUCAGGGAUAUCUGUUUUACGUCAGUCUAGAUCAACAGGCGACCACACAUCUCCAACAUAUGCUGAGUUUCUACACCAAACUCAGCAUACUUCACGUAAAGUCUUUCUCAGCCUGGAUGUUGCUGGCAAAAACAACCGUCUGCUAUUUUACUUUCUGAAAGGACGAUCCUUGGUGUAGACCAGUGUGCUAGGAAGACAGCCCGUGGUAACUCUUCUCAUGCAAAGUUUUUAAGGCCAUUGCCAAGCACAGAGAAGCCAGGGCUCAUGUCAGAGCCACAGCGCCCAGCUCGCACCUUCCUGGGAGCGCGGCUGGGAGCAGCAGAGCUGAACUUGCCUACAGCUGUCCCCAUUUCCUAGGAAUGGCCAAACACAGCUGGCUUCGUGGUGGUAAGGGAUGAAAUCAUGAAUAGCUGUCGUUUUGCCACAGUCUGUCUUCUUUUUAGCCUCUCCGUCCUUCCUAUAGCUGCAAAAUCCAUGACUUCCAAGAACAUAUAUUGGUCUGAGCUAUAGGAAAGCCCAGCUGGCAAAGGCAGCAGAGGCAGGGUUUCGCGUCUUCGCUGUUCCAGCCUGAGGGGGCUGUUAGUUGUCCAGACUGAGGUGCUCUGGGCUGAGCCCUUUUUAAUUCUUUUGAACGAAAAAAAACCAAACCAACAAACAAACAAGCCCACUUUUCUCCUAUGUGGCUUUCAAUGCUUUUGAACUAAAAGAUCUCUCACUUUUUCUGUGCGGCUUUUAGAAAAACACAAACCGUUCCCAACUGCGGUUCCACUAUCACAAGUUUGAACGUACUCAGUGGCUGCAAAAGGAUUAGAAGGGAAAGCGCUAACUGUGAAAAUAUUAGAAAAUAUUUGGCUGUUUUUACCAUACGUUUGGAAGGUCAAGGAGCCUCCCUGCUCUGCAGCUGAAGUCUAAGCUGCUCCGACGCAAAAUGUUUCCUCUUCGGCGAGCAGAAACAUCGCCAGACUCUGGGCUGCUGCCUUUUCCUUCCCCUCCGAUAGGCACUGUAAACCACGCGGCUGCUCAUAACUCUCUCAGGCCUUCUGCGUUGCUCAUUUUUCUUGCGAAGAUCAUUUUAAAUCCAGAUUAGCGUCGCAACCCAGCUCACGCUGCAGCUCUACAGCCACAACUGCGAAGCAGCAAGGGCAAACGGCUGCAGGAAGAGGAGGUGGCAGAGCGACGCCAGCAGCGGGCCACGGAGAGAAAUGCCUCCAGCGAUGUCUCUGGAAGGCGCGAUGAUUUUGCAAGCGGCUUGUUCUGGAGUGACGGCCGGCAGCCGUGCCGAAGAUACCCGCAGUUCCAAAACGGUUGCGUGCGGGGACGAGAAAACCUCGUGCCCUCCGUGAGGUAAAGACAGGCCUGAAAAAUUAUGCUUAUGGGGGAGAGAGGAGGAGAAGAGAGAGCGAUAGCUGUGUUUGUUCCUUCAGGUUUCUGCUUGGCCUUGCUAUGUUUAGACUAGACCGGACGGUACGAGGGGUGUUCUGUAUCUCAGGGUGCCUUGGGAAGUGGGAGUGCCCGUUGUGAGCCUUCAAAACUCCUCCCGGCCAGGGUUUCCGGACAUACAUUUGAUGCUUUUGACCCAGGCGGUGCUGCGCUGUAGCCUGACUGAGGUGUAAGCACAGGUCUUUUUUGAUCAGUUGUUUUGCCCUGGGCUUUUUUGGCUUUUUUGGUUUUUUUUUUUGCUUUUGCUAGCAGGGUCUAAUCAGACAAGGAGCUGAGGGAAAAACAAACUUCUUUAAGCGCUGGGAGACCUCUGCCCUUUUACCGCUGAAACAGGAAAGUCCCUCACUGCUCUGAUAGCGAAGCUGGAGAAAACAAAACACAAUGUUCCUCGUACUUCUAAGCAGUUGCUGGAAGGAAAAUUGCUCAGUUCUGAUAUGAAACUAUUCAUCUUACAUGGAAUGCUUGAAAAAUGGUGGCAUCUCUGCUUGGUGGUUGGAGAAAUACCAAGCUGGGACCUUGUUAUAGCCUCUUUGAUUGCCUUUAUCCCUUGUAAGGAGGCAAAAAGGGAACCAACCAAUUGUUUCUUAUAAAGCCUAUAAAAAACAUGAGAUCUACCACAUAAUUUCUGUAAACUGCUUAUUGUUUUCUGUACUAAAGAAGUUUAAUGAUCCCUUUGUCUUAACCUGUUUUCUUUUUCCCCUGGGCUAGAAAGAAAAUUCUUUGAAUGAAUGGAGAGGAAGGAAACAAAGCAGGGCGUGCGAUCACUUGCAGCUGUCCAGUUUUGCAAUGACAAGCAGACGUUAAUAUAGUAGGUUAGUCCCAGCAUUCACAUGUGAAAGCUCCAUUGUCUUUUUGCUGUAUCCUGAUGGAUUCUGCACGUUUUUAUCUGAGCAAAACUCUCACUGCUGUUUGCUAUGAGAGCUUUUUUGGGCGAGGAUUGACCAGAAGAUCAAAUGCACAGUUCCCAGCCUUUCCGGAAGGAGUGCUGCCUCUGAGACCCUCUCCGUGUCUCUGACAGUCAUUCUGCAGCACUCAUCCCCAAAUAAAGCAGAACGGUGCAAGACAGAUCUCUAGCUUUUAUACUUUUUCACAUCCUGUCUUCCAAUUGCAGUGGCGUUUUCAUGCACGGGCUUUCAUUGCUGCUGUUUCUGCGCGAUGGCAGUAAGUCUUGCUCGGUGCCCGACCCGCAGUCGAGAGUCUUUGCGCAGAGCGAUGCAUAGUGAAACACUGUGAUCCCUGACGCCUGGGUGGUUUGUAAAACAUGUGUGUGCAGAACAUGUGUGUGCAGAACAGCCCAAGUCUGCACACGCAACAUCAUCAAGAAAGACGUGCCUUGGAGCUUGCCAGGAGCGGUUUUAAACCAGAUGCCACAGUAGGAAUGGACUGCUGGGCUGUUGAGAUUUGUUCCCCCACGUGGCCGCUAGUUCUCCUCUCUUAUCUCUCAUGCUAGUUCUCUACAGGCGCUCCAAUUUCCUCAUAGCGUAUUCCUGGAAAAAGGAGGGUGGGAACAGAAAUACUAUAUAAGCCCUCUCUCUGUCACUUCGCAUUGCCAUUGUGCAUAGGGUAACAGGCAAGCCAGAGCCCUCCUCUCCUGGUUUUACCCACCACAUGCAAACCUUUCCUGUUCGAUUAGAGCAAACCUUUGCUGCCAGCUCCUGCCACAUCAGCAAGGACUAAAGCUGACCAGAGGAGCUUCUGAUCAGGAAAUCAGGUUUUCUGGGGUGUGGAAGAGGCAGUAUGCUGGAUCAGAUUCAUCUGCUGGCUGCCGUGACGGUUCUGGGCGUCCUGGAGCAAGCCUACUUCUUCCUCCAGGUGAUCUAUGCCAGGCGGACGUUUGGCAUUUCUCCUCCGAAGAUUUCAGGCCCACCCGAAUUUGAGAGGAUCUUUCGAGCACAGGUGAAUUCCUCUGAGUAUUUUCCCAUUUUCCUGGCACUUCUGUGGCAGGCUGGCAUCUUCUUCCAUCAAGGUCUGGCUGCAUCCUUGGGUCUGCUCUAUCUCUGCUCUCGCUACUGCUACUUUAUGGGCUACAGGGCAUCGUCGUCAGAAAGGCUCACCCCCAUAUACUUCGGCACCGGAGUCCUCUGGGUCCUCGUUGCAGCGGCAGCCCUGGGCCUCUCGCAUUUCUUCCUGGCUCACUACGUGGGGCUGAACGUCCUGCGGCUUCUCACAGUGUGACACGCACCUCUGGCCCUCGUAGGUGUCUUCUCCUUCGAGUCCUGCUCCCCCUGACCUCACAGUAGCAGACUGGCUGCACCUGGUAUUGCCCAUAGUGACAAACGCACCUUGCCGGAGUUUCAAACACCUCCUUCCCUGCUGCCCAGCGCUGGCAAGGAGCCCUGAGAUGCUCGGCAGGUAUUCUUCCCCCACAGCACUAUCUGUGCCAAGUGCUGCCUGUCCGGGCAACACCUAAGACGGGCAUUUGUCUGAAAGCACCUGUGGGCUGGGGCGUAACGAGAGAGGUGAGGGAUGAACAGGGGCGGCCACAAACGGAUCGAUGGCCGGGCUGUGCGAAGCACCUGCCUGCGCAUCAGCAGAGCCAAAGAGAGUUUGUUAAUGUCCUUGUAACAGUUGUUCACUAUUGUCCGUAGACAAUACUGCAAAUCAGACGGAGCAAACCUGUAACCACUACUGCAUAUAAUCUAUAUGCAUAUAUAUAUGCAAAAUUAUAUAUGCAUAUAUAAUUUUGAAUAUUGCUGAGCCACAGCACGCAUGAGAGCUACUGCCAAUAAACAGCGCUAAGCUUGCUGUGCUGUGUUUUUUUCCUUGUGGGUCUACGUCUAGCGCAGAACAAAAACUCGACUGCGGGCUUGGAGCGCCGGGCGGCUGCCUGGGUUUCCCUGCCGCGCAGCGCAACGCAGGCUGCGAGCGUUAUGUCCCGUGGGAGACGUGUUCGGCACGCUCGUAGCAAGAAGCUGAUUUUCAGAGGUGCUGAGCUCUGGGAUUCGGGGCUGAUUUCCUCUGCAGCGGAGGCGCUCUGCACCAAAAGCUCGCCGCUGCUGGGGUGGCUCGUCAGGUGCUCAGACCUCCCUCUAACUUGGCCCCCCUGCGACAGGAGGGGCUGCGUUUUCCAAGGAGCUCAGCAUUCAAAACGCUGGUCCUUUUGGCCGUCAGUCCUCGCACGUUUGCAACACAGCUUAGAAAACACCAGAAGCGCCUUGUGCUAUAGUGCCCGCGGGACUUCACAUCGCGUCCAGAGAGCAAAAAUGACGGCGUUAACGUGCCGACAGUUCAACCGUGAUCUAAAGCCUGCCGUCCUCUCCUCCCUUCCCCAGCGGUAGUCUUAUCUUAGAUUAUAAGAACAAAAGGAGGGGUUUUGGAAGUGAUUAAUUUUUCACAUGGUUUUCAUUUC